ACAGUAUAGUUGCUGUUGUUCAUUCUCCGGCGCACAAUAGCCACAGUUCACCACUACUCUUUGCACGCGUCUGUUGCUCUUCAAUUUUCAAUCAACAAUUGAAUCUGUGACCAUCAACCUUUGAAAACAAAGCAAAGGGUGUCGCUUCGUGAACGGUGAAAUUACAGUGAUAAUGGAUAUCGUGCAUCCGUUCGGUGUUCCCCGCGAGGGAGGCCAGUCGUCCAGCAGCCAGCCCUAUUACCCCGGGGCUCCCCUUUUUCCCGCACACACCUACAACGCCAAUAGGAGCAGUACGAACGGCGGCACGGCCGGCAGCAUCUUCGGAGGAGGCAUAUCAUCCGGCCAAACCACCCACAACACCAUGGCCAACGAAAUGAUGGACACCGUCCCCGUCCUCAUAAGCACACCCAACACCACCACCUCCUCCUCUGUUGUCGCCAACAACCAACUCCAGCUGAAACCGGUUCUCGGUAAGCUGAAUAGAAAAGCGGCCAAGGGAGGAGGAAGUCAGUGGUGCAAGCUGGCCCAUCGGGCGCAACCCAUGAGCGCAUUCGACGCGCUGUGCAAUCUUUGCGGCGCGAACAGCUCGGAAUUCAACGUCCGCACCAACGGGCACGAGACGAUGGUGCAAACCAUCUUCAACGCGAUGCAGUACCAAGCGGUGGCACCAAACGAAUUCCUUGCCAAGGAAAAGGUGUCCGAGGAGGUGCUGCGUGACAUUUAUUUGCCGCGGCUGGCAGCCCACAAGGAUCAAUCGGAGACGGGCGCGAUGAUGGAUACGUCCACGCAAAACGGUAUGGAGGCAGAGGAGGACCCGGAUGCUAAGACAACACUGUUGUUGGCGCAGAACCUGGUCUCGUUUGCGCUGUACAAACUGUUUGCCAAAUGGAACGUGCAGCCAAAGCCGACAAAGGUGAAGGAACAACCAUCGAAAAAUGGUGUGAUCAGGUGCCGGGAGCAACUGCCGGUCAAUCCAACCAGCCACCAUCCGGCGACGCUACUGUCGAUCAUGGUAACACCCGUAUCGUUUGAGGAUGUCGGCGAAACCGUCGUGAGUCCGGCACGGACGAACUUUGUGGCCCGGGUGACGGUAGGCGAACAAUCGUUCACUGGCACGGGGCAAUCGAAAAAGGUGGCCCGUAAGAUGGCAGCAUCGGAAGCGUGCAAGGCACUGUUUGGCGUAAACUACGGUGUUCUUCAGGGUUAGAGGGUGACCAAUCAUUGAUGAAGCAUAAUGAACUGUUUUGCCGCAAAAAGUAUGCGCGCACUGUUAUUCGUUGAACAGCGAAGUAAAACAAAAGUGGAAUUGAAUUUGAAUAAAACUGAACUACGCCUAACAAAA